GUUCUUCACCAGCAUGGACCUAGCUCAGAUGACAUCAGUUCCAAGUGGCCUGUGAUUGGUCAGUUUUCUAGCAUAGGUUCCCUUGGGAAUGACAAGGACCGUUGGCUGUGUUCUGAGUGGUUACAAAGCUUGUCCACCUGUGCUGGUAACAUGAUGUCCAGUCCCCCUCUACAUCUGGUAUUUCCCACUGUGGACAAUGUACGGCACAGUUUCGAAGGUUACCCAGCUGGUGGCUCAAUACCAUACAGCUCCAAGACAGCUUUGAAACAGCCUUAUCUUCCAAGUUUCUUUUGCUCGUGGAAGUCUCUUUCCUGUGGUAGAAGUCGCGCCUCUCCUCACAUUAAAACAUACACUAGGACAUCCCCAGAUUGGAGGCGACUGAGCUGGUUUCUUAUGACAAGGUGAAUUAAAAACUGAAUCCUCUCUGGAAUUUAUGCUGGUGUAGAAAUUCUGGAUAAUUAUAUGGGAAUAAAACAAGUGGUGAAGUUGUGCCUUAUGCAUUAUUAUGUUUGGUGCUGUUUAAAGGUUAUUUGACAGAUGAUUAAGGAAUCUCCUCAGGUAAUUGCAUUAAUUUUUUUUCUAACUGAUAUGAAAGCAAGAGUCCAAAGAUCAUUGGCUUUCCUUUCAGAACCUCUUGGGUUUACCUUUGAGGUGUUCAUAGUCUUUUGGAUCAGGCUGUUUCUGAUUGAUCAAAACAAAACUUUAAUUAAUUCUUUAGUGUCAAAGAGGCAAU